CCCUCUUUAAUUUCACCUCCGCUCCCUUAUCAUCUCCCACAACUUAAUCGCAACAAUGCAGUUCACUCGUUUUACCACCACACUCCUUUUCGUCUUCGCCUUCUUCGGCCUUGUCGCCAUCGCCGCUCCCGUUCCUGCAAUCAACGAGCUUGAAGAGCGCUGCGCCUUCGGUUGCAAUGAUGGUGCAGUUGUAUCCAUUCUUGCAAACCUCCAUGUCACUGUCAAGGCGGAUAUUGCUGUCGUUGCCAACCUUGUUGCCCAAGCAUCUGUCGACGCGACAUUAUAUACUGCGGUGUUUGCCACCCUUAUCGCGGAUAUCAACGCCGCUAUCACCCUGAUCGCAGCACUUCCGGUCUCGGUCGUUGGGCUGAGCGCUGGCUUGAUCGCCUCGACUUGCGCGAACAUCUUUAUCGACAUCUUCGUUGUCAUCAACUCCUGCUCGUCAAUCCCGAACAUCGCGUCCUGCUAUGGUGGACUUAACGAGGUUCUCGUUGCUCUCCUCGGAUCUCUCAAGGUCUGCCUGGGCAACGUCAUUGUCAGUCUCAUUGCCACCCUUUGCGUCACCAUCAAAGCGGUCAUCUCCCUUUCCGUCAAUGUUGACAUCUUCGCCGGUCUUUCGGCGGUGCUCUUCAUUUGAUCGGAAUCCGUCUAUACGGCUGACGGUUGACUCACGGAUUGACUUUCUUGGAUACCUUGCAGUCCAUGCUGCGGAUUCUUUUUACCCCAAAACUCAGCUAAAAGCCCACAAAC